UCUGAGCCUCGAUCAGUUCUAGAUAAUAAGCCUCUUAAAAUGCCUCUAUUAUGCUAUUUAAAGAUGUUUAAUUUUGUUUAGGAGGUCUCCUACAACAGGUUUACAUACAUCUGUAACCCCUCCAGUUCGAACCGCCUGCUCUAAGUGAAACUUGAACCCGGGCGCAGCUCUUACCGGCCUACGUCUGUUACACUUACCCCCCUAAACCUCAAACCUAUCCGGGUCACGGCACCAAUGUAGUCCCUUCAGUUCGAACCACCCGCUCUAAGCAAGACUCGAACCCGUGCCUGUCUGCAUGGGAGUGGGGCGCUUUAACAAGGAGGCUAAAGGCCGCAGUCUCUAGAGCACGUCUUGAGAUCAGGGUAGUGAGGUUUACACGCACAGCUCUUACUGGCCUACGUCCGUUACACUCACCGCCCUAAACCUCAAACCUAUCCGGGUCACGGUACCAAAGUAGCCCCUCCAGUUCAAACCAUCCGCUCUAAGCGGGACUUGAACCCGUGCCUGUCCGCAUGGGAGUCGAGCACUUUAAUAAAGAGGCUAAAGACCGCAGUCUCUAGCGUCAGUUGCUAGAGCACAUCUUGAGAUCAAGGGAGUGAGGUUUACACGCACAGCUCUUUCUGGCCUACGUCUGUUACACUCACCCCCCUAAACCUCACUCCCAUCUGGGUCACGGCACCAAUGUAGCCCCUCCAAUUCGAACCGCCCUCUCUAGGUGGGACUCAAACCCGGGCCCAUCCACAUGGGAAGCGGGCGCUCUAACAAGGAGACUAAAGACUACAGUCUCUAGUGCCAGUCGCUAGAGUGCCUCUUGAGAUCAGGGGAGUGAGGUUUACAUGCGCAGCUCUUACCGGCCUACGUCUGUUACACAUCAAAAAACACUUUCGUUUUCUCGUGAUGUGCAUUUAAUAUCACCUCAUUACUCAACGAUUCUCAAACGAUUUGUUCGAAGCAGUUCGAAGAUUCGGUCUCUCUAAACCUCUCCUUUCCAUUAGCCUACUGUGCUCUGAUUGGUCAGAUGGCCUGGUCUGUUGUGUUUGGUCUACUGCGUACAGUGUGUGUCGGAAACUAAAGGCCCAUUACCAUAACUGAAUCUCAGUUACGGAGACCUGUCAAUCAACAGAGAUUGUACACAGUGUAAGGACGGAAAAGAUGGGAUCAAUUUUACCUUAUCAAUUCGAGAUCAAGUCCGAUGAUGAAAUGUUUGAAGAAGUAGCCGAUCAACCUAGAAACUCGCAAGCAUGACUUGAGCAGGACGUUUCUCAGUGUAACAGCUAUAUGUCAACAAUCCUGCUGAGACAUGUUAGAGUACAAGAAAAUGGUCACUACAUCUUCACAGCCAGAAGUGCCAGUGUCAAUGGCCUCAAUCGUUUUUACCGUUCAUGUCUACCAGAAGCCUAAUACUGAAAUUAAGUGGGAAAAUGGAAUUCCCACUUGUGUGGCGACUGGUUAUCCUGUACCCAGGAUUCGGUGGUUCCAGUGUGAAGAUACCAGAACUAUGUGUAGACAUAACCAUACAUCAGCUGUGGAAUUAAAAGCCAACCAGUCCACUUUGGGGGAUGAACCAGUGCUGGUGAAGAGUGUGUUACCAGUGACUAACACAAAGACUAAUUCAACCUUUGAGUGUGUGGCUACAAACAUUGCUGGGGAACAUCGUGAUAUCUUCACUUAUACGAUUUCAUAUGUUCCUGGCAAUACAUCAGUGUGGUCAAUUUCAGUGUUGAUCACUGUCGUUCUCUCUGGAGCCUUCGCUGUGAUGACCUUAUGGAUGCUGAUCCUCUUCUACAAGCACAGAGAGGCACAGAAAUAUGAAAUCCAAUGGAAAAUCAUUGAGGUGAAUGAUGGGAACAAUUACACAUUCAUUGACCCCACCCAACUUCCAUACAACAAAAAACUGGAGUUUCCCCGAAAUAAGCUGAAGCUUGGACAAGUUCUAGGAGCAGGAGCUUUUGGGAAGGUGGUGCAAGCAACUGCUUAUGGGCUUGUCAAGGACGAAACCGUUACACGAGUGGCAGUGAAAAUGCUCAAGCCUAGUGCCCGCUUUGAAGAAAAAGAAGCACUCAUGUCUGAGCUGAAGAUCUUAAAUUAUAUUGGGCCGCAUGAAAACAUAGUCAAUCUGCUGGGCGCUUGUACUCAAGAAGGACCGAUGCUGAUGAUCACAGAGUACUGCUGCCAUGGUGACCUCCUCAACUUCUUGCGUCAACGAGCAGAAACAUUUGCAAAUACUUUUUUUGGUCUUCAGAGUUUCCCAGAGGAUUCAAACCUCUACAAGAAUGUGACAGUUCAAAAGAGCCAUUCUGCAAGGAUCACUUUUUAUGGCUCAGAGAGCUACAAUGAUGCACAAUCAACACAGAUGUCAAAAGACCUUUGUCAGGAAUCUUGCCAUGAAGGAGGGAAGGACACAUGGUCAUUGGAUAAUAUUGAUUUGCUGAAGUUCUCCUAUCAAGUGGCACAAGGAAUGGAAUUCCUAGCCUCCAAAAAUUGUAUUCACAGAGAUUUGGCUGCACGGAACAUCUUGGCUGACGGCUACAUUGUAAAGAUCUGUGAUUUCGGCCUUGCGCGAGACAUCAUGAAUGACUUGAAUUAUGUGGUGAAGGGGAAUGCACGGCUGCCAGUAAAAUGGAUGUCACCUGAAAGCAUUUUUGAAUGUCUUUACACAGUACAGAGUGAUGUCUGGUCAUAUGGCGUCCUUUUGUGGGAGAUCUUUUCCUUAGGUAGGAGUCCUUACCCUAAUGUUGUGAUUGAUGCACAGUUCUAUAAGAUGAUUAAAGAUGGUUAUCACAUGCCACAGCCAGAUUUUGCCCCUCAUGAAAUGUACACAAUGAUGAAAAUGUGCUGGAGCCUGGAACCAACUCUGCGCCCGACCUUUGCCAACAUCAGAGAAUUUAUUGCAAACUUGCUGCCAAAGCAAUCCAGCCAGCAGAACAAUGAACCCAUGUAUCCAGAGUUUCAGAGGCACCUGAUGGCAAAAGCCCCAGUCAGCAGAGAGGAGACCCAGCCUUUAAUGAGGAACAGUUUGACCUAACAAAACAUGUUUCAGUUUUUCAUGUCUGUAUUUAGAACUAGAGCUAACAAGACAAGUUAAAUUUCCAUAUAUGUUUUGUUUUUACAAUGAUAACACUGUAAUCUCAUGCUGAUUUUCUGAUUCUCUUAUAGUAGAUAAUUUAGUAUUUGACUUUUUAAAACCAUGGUAGCUAACACUUUAUCAAGCAUCUUUCCCACUUCUGUUUGCAAAUAUGUUUAUUCUUUCUUUGUGGCAUUUAUUUAUUUAUUUUAUUUUUGCUUUUUGUCACUGAUUGUAAUUGAUAUCUGUAAACUAGUAAAAAUAACUAAACUACAGCAUCAUUUAAUUUGUCUUUCAAACUGCAAAUACAUGCUGUAUCAUAUGCUUUUAAGCAUUUCAAAACAAAUUCGAAGAAAAAAACGUGUAUACCUUCACCUUGUUACGGAUGUGUGUUUUUGUUCUUUUAUAUUAUGCAUUUAUUCUUGUUUUGAGUUGAGUGUGUGUCUGUGUUGUUUCGCCUGUCUUCAUUGGAAUAGAUGGCACUGAAUAUUAUAGUAUCACUUUUCUUUGAUAUUUAAGUUAUUUUAUCUUUUUUUAUAUUGACUACUUUUGUUUGUUAUUUUGGGCCAUGGGACACCCUGAAGUUUCUACACUCGCUGGUCUUUCUUUUGUUACUCUGAAGCUCUCAACUCUACAUAUUUUUUCCAACAAUAAAAUGUUUAUCGGAGA